AUGCCAUUGAUACAAGGGCAGGAAAAGUUCAAGGGCCAAAUAUCCCACUCAUCGCAGUUAAACGAUAAGGGUUGUAGGAAUAAGAAGGUAGUCAUCAUCGGCGGAGGAGCCAGUGCUGUGGAAGCUCUGCAGGUCGCAGUCCAGGCAGGCGCCGCGCGGGUCGAUGUGCUGAGUCGAACAGACAAAUGGAUCAUCCCACGCAACAUCCUUGUGCAGACCUUGGUGGCCAGCAAUCUAUGGGGAGAGGAAGGAUUUGUGGCCUGGAUUCCAGAGUGGUUGCUGAAGAAGUUCUUCUACCGCGAUCUCCAGGACAUGGUGCCGUCAACCGGUCUUUACACUGCUUCGCCCUUGGUCAAUUCCGAGCUCUUCUACCUGAUCCGCCAGGGCAGUGCGACAUGGCGACGGGGUGACGUCCUAGGCGUUGAACAGAAUGCGGUUCGGUUUAAUAGCCGGGGCAAGGGUGCCCCCAAAGGAGGUCCAGGGCGAGAGGAGCUCGUAGCUGCCGACGUAAUUGUCAUGGCCACAGGCUGGAAGAGGGCUUCCCUGGGCUUCUUGCCACGCAACUGCUUUGAGGAUGAGUUCAGACCCCCGAAUUGGUACAUGCAGGUGUUUCCGCCCGGUUAUCCUGAUAUCUGCGCCAUCAACAGCACGUAUAUCAAUGCCAUAGGUACCGCCGGCUACCUCCACAUUGGGAUCUACACACGGUUCCUGCUGGCGUUCAUCAUGGACCCAAUGGCCCGGCCCACGGAAGGGCGAAUGAAAGUAUGGAUUGACUUCAUGCGGUACACCAAACGGUCAGAUAUCCCUGCCUUUGAAUUUCUGACAUACGCCGAGUUGAUAUACUGGUGCAUCGUUGCCCUCUUCCUUGACCCGUUCCGGUGGAAAUGGGUGUUGUUCGUGUUGACCGGCAAGGGAGGAUCUUUUCCAGAGAAGAUAAUCGAGAAAGAAAGCCCUUUCCGGGAAAGUCAAGAGGAGAGAGAGACACAGUGA